UUAAACCUAAUAAAGUUUAUUCAAGAACUGUCAAGGAAGAAUACAUGCGAUUGGUCUGAUUGUAUUUAUGACGGCUUCCGGUAGCAACGUGACAAGUUGGGUCUGUCUGGUCGCGUUAUAUCAUCGUUGAAAGCUGGGAGAGAGAAAAUCUAUAUUAGAGGAACAUGUCUGGAAGUUUCUAUUUCGUCAUUGUAGGCCACCAUGAUAACCCUGUCUUUGAGAUGGAAUUUCUGCCUCAAGGCAAAACGGAAUCCAAGGAUGAUCAUCGACAUCUAAAUCAGUUCAUAGCUCAUGCUGCCCUUGAUCUGGUUGAUGAAAACAUGUGGCUGUCCAACAAUAUGUACCUUAAGACAGUUGACAAAUUCAAUGAAUGGUUUGUCUCUGCUUUUGUCACUGCUGGACAUAUGCGAUUUAUAAUGCUACAUGAUGUACGACAAGAAGACGGCAUCAAAAAUUUCUUUAACGAAGCCUACGAUUUAUACAUAAAGUUUGCGAUGAACCCAUUCUACGAAAUAAACUCCCCUGUACGGUCAACUGCAUUUGACAGGAAAAUACAGUUUCUGGGAAAGAAGCACUUGUUAAGUUAACAGAAGAGCAAUAAAGCUAUUCAUUCAUCUCGUAAUGACUUUAUGCAUUAGCGAUUUUGAGAGAAUACUCCAUUCCAUGAAGAGGGUCCUAUGUAGUGGGCAUAUACAAACCUAUCUGUUUACAUAUUUGCAUGAAUAUUUGCAAGCAAUCUGACAGUAUAAAACAUGGAAAUGUCUGUUCUAAUGAUUACCUAUUAAAAUGAUGGAUACACUGACUCCACUGGUUUGGGAUUCGGCAGAAUUCUAAAUCGUUCACGGAAGAUUUGACCAAACUGAAUCCGAAGCGUAAUUCUUAUACUGAAAAUUGAGCUUUAAGGUCCCCAUGGAUGCAAAGAUAUUUGGUUGGUGAACGAUCGAUUUCAGUGCAAUUCGACCAAUCCAUCAUAUUAUCGUGAGGUUAGUGGGAAUUGAAUGAUCAUGCAUCAGUAUUACUUUUCCAUUGCGCUUAACAGCAUAGAAGACAGACAUAUGCAUGUCUUCCUGUCACCACUUGUAGUGUUAAUCAAUGAAAACCACUGUGUCUGAGGUACAUGGAAUAGAUGCAUUAUUUUUAGCAUGGAGGUCCGCCAUGCCCAGACAUAGGGGCAUAUUUAUUAGCGUUGGAGACAAACAUCACUGGUGAUGUUGCCCAUAGCAACAAAUUAGCAAUUAGAUUUUAACAGUCAGCUACAAGUUAAGAAACAAAAGCAAAGAUCUGAUCACCGGUGAUGUUUGUCUCCAGUGUUAAUAAAUAGGCCCCUGAAUGUCAGAAUAGGGCCAGGCACAUAUACCCCCACCAGCCCAAUAAAUAGUGACUGUUGAUGGCUCUGUAUAUCUUUUUUUUUUUUAAAGGUAAAAUUUUAUUGUUUUAUAACACAUUAAACAUAAAACAAAGUAUAUGCCGUAAAUGCAGUUGAGUUACCAUGACAGAGCUUGGAAUAAAACUUUUACAUACCAA